AUGGGCAGCAACACAGACGGCGAGAACGCGAAUCUCAGUUCCGGCGAGAACGACAAUGGUGACGAGCUGAGAAUUGCCGCGGACGAGACUUACGAUACUCGCAGCGAGGUCUCCUCCAGCAGCUCCAACUCCGACUCCAGCCAUCCGACUAUCAGCACAGUCUCCAGCAAGUCGUCGCGUGGCGACAACAAACGCGGUAGGAGAACGAGGAACAAACGAGGCAGAUCCAGGGAUUCCAAAUCGUCCAGUCCUGAGCCGAAGCGAGCCAGAUCCAAGGAGAGCAAGGGCACUACCAAGAGCUACGACUAUGCCACCAAACUGAAUUACUUAUUUAGAGAUGCAAGAUUUUUCAUCAUCAAGUCUAACAACGCGGAGAAUGUGACGCUGUCUAAAGCCAAGGGAGUGUGGAGCACGCUGCCGCAAAAUGAAGCAAAUCUGAAUCAAGCCUACAGAGAAUCGCGGAACGUAUUGUUGGUAUUUUCCGUCAAGGAAUCGGGAAAAUUCGCCGGCUUUGCUCGACUGAGCACAGAAUCAAGGAGGGAUACUGGGCCAGUUUCUUGGGUUUUACCUCCUGGCUUAUCAGCAAAGGCUUUAGGCGGUGUAUUUAAAGUCGACUGGAUUUGUAGAAAGGAAUUACCUUUUACCGCCACACUACACUUGUACAAUCCGUGGAACGACGGCAAGCAAGUUAAAAUCGGUCGAGACGGCCAGGAAAUCGAACCCAGAGUCGCUGAGGAAUUGUGCAGACUGUUUCCAGAAGACGAAGGAAUCGAGAUGACGCCUAUUUUACGAAAGUCCAAGGAAGCAGGAAAGCACGUGACAAAGUCGUCACGUUAUCGCGAUAAGAGGCCGAUAAGCAACUCGAGAUUCUUGCGGAGAGGAGGACGAGGACGCAGACUCUUUUUGACCACGAGAUCGCGCUUAGCCUCGCUUGCCAGGGGUUCUCAUGGUGCUGCGGGGGAUCACAGGGGCUCCAGGGAUCACUCGUACCGUUAUACGCCGUGGUUCAAUCGCGGAGAUUCCCCUUACACAAAGAGUUACGGCAACGGACUGGGUGUCGCCGCUGCCGCGGAGGCUUACGUCGCGGAUUAUAUGCGCACAAUGCAACACCAGUUGCCUCCAUUGCCACCUUAUGGCCCGCAUCCCUAUGACAGUCUGCCACCGCCUCCUCCACCUCCAAGAUAUUAUGACGGCCUGCCACUACCUCCGGAUUAUAGCGCUACGACUUCAGCGUUGGAGAAACGUAGCUACGAAAGAAGUGUCGACGAGUUCCUAUGGAGAACAGCUAGCCGCCACAGUCGGCACAGUGAUCACCGCUCUUCCCGCGAUCAUCACAGAUACCGAGAUCGCAGAUAAGGCUCGACUCAGGCAUUUUUUCUCAUCGGUUCCCAUCGAUUCCCAAAACUUACUCCAUCACUAAUGAUAAAUGACAGAUUAAAUAAUGACAUAUCGUUUAUCAUUUUGAGAAAUCCAAAGAAAUCAGCAAGAUUAGGCAAAUAUAUAAUUAGCUAUAAUUAAACUUAGAUUCUGUAUAAAUUAAAUAAUUAAAUUUAAAUAUAAAAUGUGAAUUCUUUGAAAAAUAUAAAUCAAGGCUUUGAAGAAUUCUGGAAAUCGAUGGGUUCUACCAUAAUAAUGUACUCAUUAUCACCAAGGCAAUUACAAUCAUACUUCAAUAAUGUCUAAUUGUCAUUCAUCAUUAUGCUGCGUGACUACAGCAUGAUUCUCUUUGUUGUAAAGUAAUAUAGAUUAAUUAAAUAAGUUUUGUACUACUGAGUAUUAAAUCCACAAAUCUUUCAGUAAAUUUAUAACAUUUUCUGCAAUUACAAGCAAGAAAUGCAAUAAUAUUUAAAUAAGUAUUGCCGAUAAAAAGAAACGAAAAGAUUCGGAUGCAAUAAAAACUACAUUUUUCUGAAAAUUAUAUUUCUGUGAAUUUUU